AGUCUAAUGAUCUUUCUCCUUUGUUAGGAAGCAGUGGACAGCAUUUUAAGGGGAUUUAUUGCUGAUCACUUAUACCUCCAAGUCCCCAUAAAAUGCUGACUGUAGUAUAGAUGUCCUUUUAUGAGGAGGAGCGGGAGUUGCGUUGCGUUUUGAGUUGGUUCAGCAACUGGGAAACGCCCCAAAAGGAGCAGUUUUUAGCUGUUUUGGUAGAGAAGGCUGUUCCUCCAGAUAUUGACCAGCUGUUUCAGGGCCUAGACCGGCUAAACCUGAACAGCAGUUUCCAGUCAGUCCUGCAGUGCCAACUGCGACUGUUUUCUCAGUGGUUCGACGCAUGGCCUUGCAAGUAUCGCAACCUGUUGCUCGUUAGCCUAGAACUACAGGACCCGAGCUUUGUUGAGAAGUUCCACUAUCUCGUCAAUGAGAAGAACGCCGCAGCAAGUGGACAGAACUGACCUUUUUUCGAUCCAGACACCAACAUGCCCCAGCAGCACACGACAACAGACCAGGUGAAGUUCUUGGCUCAGUGGUUCACCGCCUGGUCAGAGAUGCAGAGGGAGGAUUUCUUGCCCAUUCUAGUACAGGCCUAUCACCCAAAAGACCACAUCAAUGGUCUCCUCGGAGGUAUCGAUUCCCUCAAGAUACAGGGUAGGAGACCAUCCCUGUUCGACUGUCAGGUGAAAUUAUUUCAUGACUGGAUUGGCAGCUGGACUGAGAACGAACGGACGGAACUUCUCGAAGAGAUGCGUCAGAUUGAUCCGAGCUUCAUGUCCCAGUACGACAAAGAAGUGAGAGGAGAGUCGUCGAGAGAUGUCUCUCCGCCGGCGGAUUGCGGUGAGGAAAGUCAGAACCCACCCAGCUCUGUUAGCUCCCCUCCCAGCACUCUGCCUCGAUCUCACAGCCCACAUGACUCGGGACUCGAUGAACCUCCCAGUGACAGUGAUCAUACCGAACCCCACAGUUUAGACUCGCAUCAAGGUGACACUUGUUAGUGAGAGAUGCCUACCCAAGGUCUGGAAUGGAAAACUUCAGCCUGAGAUACGGAAGGAACUUGUGGUAUGGACAGAAAUCGGAGCUUGAAUAGUGAAAGAAGUCCGUUGCUCUUUCUCAUUCUCCAUCUCUCUCUCUCUCUCUCUGUACAGCUUUCAGAUAUUAAGCUUGUCAGUUGUGUGCUCUGUCACGACACUCAGUAGAGUCUUCCCAGUGGAAAGGUUAACUUUAUUAUUGGGACCAUUAUUUUUACUUCACUUGCAUUUUGGCUCCCAACGUGACUGAAGUAGUUUUAUUGUUGAUGAAUUUUUUCUUGAUCCAACUAGAGUCAAAAUUUGAACUCUAGCGCUGGUCAGCAUUCCUCCAUUUGUACUGAAUUGCACGAGCGUUUAUGAAAGAAUCAUAUGCAUUUUGUAUUAAUACAGCAACUACUGGGAACUCAAUGCUUGCAGAUCUAUAAUAUGGUGAUUUGUCUUGUAGCAGGUAGACACUGAAUACAGGCCCUCCCAUACUUACUGUACAAAUAAAUUAGGUGCAUUUUCAAGUCUUGAUACUGACAAACAGUAACGGAAUAUCAAAAGUGUAAGACCUUAUAAAGUACUUGUCACAUAAAGUAAAGGCCUCAAGUGAUGUUUUUAUAACAGUUAAUGUUGAGUUAUCACUUGUAA